AUGACAAACCUUCUUGAAGCAGAAUUCAGCGAGGAAGGGUCCAACAACAGGAGGUUUGAAAAUGUUGUCUAUGCAAAGUUUAUGAAGAGCCUGAGGGAAGCAGCAAAUCAGUAGAAUGGUUUUCAAUUGAAGGUCGUAAAACCAAAACCAAAGUCACCAUUUCGCCAUUACCCACAUACAUAGCAUAGUUGAUUCAAAUCCAAUUUCACCUUAACUCCAAAUAUAAACCUCUCUUAACAUAAAGUGAUAGCUCCUUCCUUUAUAAUUUACAGGUGGAAGGAGAGCUGCAGUAUCUGUCACAUAUUCUGCAAUUUAAAACUGGUGCUGAGGAGGAACCUGUAUUGAGGUUUGUGUUACACUUAAGGUUGCAAUUUGUGGAAGUUACAACCACUUUUAUAUCUACAGCAAAUACUUGCAUAAACUGCUUGAAUCUGCCUCAUCAAUUUAGGGAUAUCUUUUUACUUCCUGAAAACAAAUUGUUCAACUUGUAUGACCUUGUGUUGUCUAAUGCUUGCUUUGGUCACGUGUAA